AGGCUUCCACCAACUGAUCCCAACUCAGCCAGGAUCUCCUCAGCUGGGUGAGCACUGACAGUGUUUCUAGAGCUGCUUCUGCUGGCUGAGGUCUUACCCUGUGACAAGAGGGAAACUUCCGUUCCUUGAGAGGGUGAACUAACUGAUUGAUCUCUCUGGCUUUAAUCUUGCCAAACAUAGUCAUUAAGCCUGAUGCGGGCAUUUAGAAUCAUCAUUCAGUUCCCAUCUUGUUCUCCUUUCUUGGUCACUGAGAGGCAGCAUAGAUGGAUAGGGCUUUGGCAUCUAACUAGGCUCGAGUUUGAAUCCCAGUUCUGCAAACUUGUUAGCUUUGUGACCUUCAGCAAAUUACUUAACUUUUCAGAGCCUGGUUCUCCGUUUUCCUUCCUGUAAGCUGGGUCUAAUUGGCCCUGUCACACAGAAGACCGUGGUGAAAUGAGACAAUAUAUGAAAAGCCCUUGAUGCUACCCUGAACACAGGGUGGACCAGCUGCUUUUCGAGAAGAGCCUUCAGACAGAUGCAUUUCAUCUUCUCAGAUGAGGUAGUGCUUCUCUUUGAUUUCUGGAGUGUCCACAGUCCUGCAGGCAUGGCCCUUUCGGUGUUGGUCAUCUUGCUCCUGGCUGUGUUGUAUGAAGGCAUCAAGGUUGGCAAAGCCAGGCUGCUCCACCAGGCCCUGAUGAGCCUGUCCAUCUCCACCAGCCAGCAGCUCAUCGAAGAGACAGACGAGAAUUCUUCAAGCUCAGACGCCCCCCCAGUCAGCAGAACCCACCUCAGGUGGUUCUUGUGUCACUUCGGCCAGUCUCUACUUCAUGUCGCUCAGGUGGUCAUCGGCUACUUCGUGAUGCUGGCUGUUAUGUCCUACAACACCUGGAUUUUCUUCGGCGUGGUCCUGGGCUCAGGUGUGGGCUACUACCUAGCCUAUCCACUUCUCAGCAUGACUUAGCUGGUGACAGCUGUGCAGGCUCUGGGGCCUGGAGAGAGCUGGGGCCCCUCCUUCCAGACAUUGAACUUCCAGCCCCACGUCUCCUUUUUCUUCUGUUGGCUGUUCUCACGGCAUCCCCAGCUCCUGGAAACUUUCAGCUGAAGCCAGCACUUGCUCCCUGGAGUUCAGGGGCCACUGCAGCUCCUCAGCCAGGCUGCAGAGGGCCCAGGCAUAGUCUUUCUGUGCCUUAAGAAGGGUGCUGUGACCAGAGGGUGGAUGGAUAGACCAGAACCCGGGGGGCAGGUUUCAUGAUGAUGGCAGCAUCUGCUGGGACCUGUCUCCCUUUCUUGGGGGGAGAGUGACAGCAGACUAAAGGCAGAGAAGCAGGACUGUCAGCAAGGCUUUGACCUAUCCUCCAAAUAGAGUGAGCUCCUCCCAUCAGACAGCACUGCCUGCAGGAAGAUGAUACAUUAAUGGCUUUAGGUGUCAGGGAGCUCUUCAUGGCCUUAAUGCCCCCCUCUUAUCCUGAUCCUCCUUCUAUGCAAAACCAAGAACUGCACUGAAUAAUAUUCAAUACAAAUGUUCUUUAUUUAUUAUUGCUCACCCAUAAUGAUCUGGUAGGGAAACAUGAUUCAUCCAUUUAAAAUACUGAGUAAGCCACAGUGGGUACUGACUGAAGAUGCAAUAAGCAGUCAAACCAAAGGAUUACACUAGUAGAGUUAGGUGGGGCUCUUCAGAUAUUUGAACCUUUUCACUUUAAAGAAAAGGAAAGAAUAGACCCAGGGAGAGAAAAUCACUGCUGUAUACUGUAAUGUCUACACUCAAGUACCUCAUGGGCUAGAGGAAAGAUGGUCUGAAGCUUUGAGAAUUUAAAAAAUAUAUUUUAAUAAAUA